GGUAUCUGAUGGCAGGUUGGAGAGCAUCUACCAAGCUGCCACCAGUGGUGCAAACUAGUGUGGGUUAAACGAGCGGCUAAGUUGGACUGGCAACAAAUCAACCUUAUAAAGCGAGCGCUUUUCACUGUACACAGGAACAUGGCAAAGACUGUAGCCUCAUACGACUAUGUGCGUUUCACAUUUCCCAAUAUCCAUGGAACGUCAGAAGGUAGAGUUGUCCCGAGUCGUCACGUGGAGCAUAAGAUGGAGAUUGGUGUUACUGUUGGAGUUGAUGCGCUCAUGCUCGGAGAAUGGCUUACAACGGUGCAAACAAACCUGAUCGAUCCAAACAAAACAUGCAUCAUCGGUAUCCCCGACCUUUCAACUUUGAAUGCCGUUACGUGGGAUGGUGAGGACAAGUUCAAAGUUGCUGAGGUCAUUUGUGAAGCAUUCUGGUUGAAGGACAGAACUCCAUUGAAUGUUUGUACUCGUUAUGUGGCCAAGCAACAACUUCAACGUUUGUCAGACCAUGGAUACAAAAUGCUGUCAGGGUUUGAAAUGGAAUUUAUGUUAAAUGAUGAAAACAACAGUCCAGUGUCAACCAUCUGUCAUAUGAGCCACCGACAUCACUCCAAGCACAGCAGCUUUCUCUUUGCCCUUGAAAAUGGAAUGCAUCAUGCAGAUGUGGAUAUUGAAAAUUUUCACGCAGAAUGGAAUGCUGGACUCUUUGAGGCAGUCAUCAAGGCCUCCUUUGGCAUCAAAGCUGCUGACUCGGCAUUCAAAUUUCGAAAUGGCAUUCACGAAAUUGCAGAUAAGAAGGGCUAUCGAGUAGACAUGACAUCAAAGCAGCCCACAGGGGAAGUUGGACUGCAUUUCAACCACUCAGUGUGGUCUGUUCAAAAUGGAGAUUGUGUGUUCAGCGACUCGAACCACCCUGAUGGAUUGUCUGAUUUUGGAAGAUGCUGGCUUGGUGGACUGAUGAAGCAUGCAAGAGCACUAACUGCCUUCUGGUGUCCUACAGAGAACUGUUACACACGGUUACAUCUCCCUAGAAAACCAGGGAUAAUAGAUUGGGACUUUGACAAUCGCCUGUCUUGUGUGAGCGUCAAGACAGAUACUGAAAACCGAGGAGUCUACCUGGAGAACCGCAUCCCAAGUGGCAAGAGCAAUCCUUAUCUGACACUAGCGGCCACUGUAGCUGCUGGUCUAGAUGGGGUCCUUAAAGGACUAGGGGGUCCUCCUCAUCAAGACCCAACAUCUGACACUCUGCCUGCGGGUACCGCUCUACCGACCUCUCUGUCCGAGGCAUUGCAUGCUCUAGAAACAGAUGCUGAUAUGGUAAACAUCCUGGGAAAGGAUCUUGUGGAUUGGUUUGUUCUCCUAAAAACUCAGGAAGUCAACAAAAGAAAGGAAUUAAGUAAUUGAUUUCUGUGAUAAUAGUGUCUUGUUUGACGACAUGACAUUGUAUUAGAUAAAUAUCUAUUCAUAUUCAACUUGCAGUCAAACGAUUUGGUCAUUUGUUUUGGGGUUUUUUUUUAUGUGGUCAAAGGAGCCUUUAACCAUCAGCUGAUAUCUCUUAAAAGUUACAAGUAUUUCCUUCUAAUGUUUAUUUACUUGAAUGGGGGUAAGAAUAUAUCAAAGUUCUAUAUUUACAUGAGAUCAUAAUCACAUUUUCGAGUUGGACUUUAAGAGUGGGAGAGACGACUAAUCAAUUCAAUUCAAAUGUUUAUUGGAUGAAAGGCCAUUGGCCCAUAUACAAGUGAGUUACAUAGACAUACAGUUAUAUUAACAAAUAUUGUAGUAUACAGAAUAUCAACACAGCAACAGAGGUAAGAUAAAAGCAUGAGGAAUGUAACUAUAAAGAUACUUGUAGUUGUAAGUUUGACGGCAGACAUGCAAAGUUAUUUAUAUGAAAAUACCAGUCGGGUGAAUAUUCCAUUCAGAUUUUGUUAUAUAAAGGACAAAUCAGCAAAAAAUGAAAUGUGCGGCUAGUCGUGGCGUCGGUCAAGGCCGUCGCCUCAUUAACGACUACGUCGACGAUGAAGUAUUGCCGCCCGACUUCCUGUGGUGUGUAAGUGACAGAGCGGGUCUCCGCACUCGGGAACAAUGGCCACUGGGUCCCCGGGGUGCGUUCCGUCAGUUUUUAUCAACCUGUACCCUUUCGACUUCAUCACCAAUAAACAUGGCUGAUGGCGUCUUAAUCUUCAUCCCUCCGUUUUGUCUUCCGUCUGGACCCUGAGCUACCAUCCUAGGGUAGCAACCAAUGCUUUUGGACAGUCAUGAACGGACAGUGUAAUUUGAAACGACGACUAUCUUUAACGUCACAUAAUUCGAAACUGUCUUGAAACGAACAGCUGUGGAGUCCAAUGAAUUUCCAUUUAGAAUGGAGAUAUGAUACACUGAAUAAUCGAGGAUACAUUUUAUGCUUGGUAUCAAUGGAUUUAUGGAUUUUGGCCCUUGGGAUUUAUAUUAUCAAGUAUUUCCAUAGAUAAUGUUUCCCUUGACGUUUCAAAUUGUUGCCGAGCUGCUCUCAGUGAAGACACUGUCCGAUUAUGUGUGUUGUUCAUUCGUACGGCAAUGUCGGGUGCCGUGUUCUAUUUGCUAUUACUUUGCGAUUAGCCAUGUUCCCACUGUGUCCUGUGACACAGGAUGUUGUUUAAUCUUGCCUCGUUUUGUUGUAUAAUUGUCUAAAUUGGGAACUUUACUUAGCUUUGCAUGUGUUUGUGACGGGUUUUGUCGCUUUUAUUUAUGUAAUUUAACUAUUUAGCUUGAAAUUGUUGCCAGUCGGUGUCUUCUGGCGUUCCUUCGUUAUAUUUUUUGUUGGUCAUUAAAAACUACACUCUGUAUGUUUUACUUUCUAACAUUUUAGUUUUCUUGUAAAUGAACAUGUAUAUUAAUGCUUCCAUAAAUUAAUUGAAAUAAACUUACU